GAAAAAGUUCAGUGCAGUUCAGAAAGUUUUUCUUCAUCCGAAACUCACUUCACCUCAGGAAGUCUCCCUCUGUCAGACUUUCUGCUCUUCAUCAUCAUGGCUGACUGGACUGACUGUCUGGACUUUGGCGUCUACAUCGCCAAACAGGCCAGUGAGAUUGUCCUGUCGGCUUUUCAGCAGCAGAAAGAAGUUAAGCUGAAAAGUUCCCCGGCUGAUCUGGUGACAGAAACUGAUCAAAGAGUCGAGAAGAUCCUGAUAACUGCCAUCAGGAAAAAAUAUCCACUGCACAGGUUCAUUGGGGAGGAAUCUGUAGCUGCAGGUGAGCAUGUGGAGUUGACCGACUCUCCCACCUGGAUCAUCGACCCCAUCGACGGGACCGUUAAUUUUGUCCACAGGUUUCCAUUUGUGGCCAUCUCCAUCGCCUUCACCAUCAACAAGCAGACGGAGUUUGGGAUCGUGUACAGCUGUGUGGAGGACAAACUGUUCUACGCUCAGAGAGGAAGAGGAGCCUUUCUGAACGGAGAACCGCUGCACGCCUCUGGACAGGAAGACAUCAGCAAGUGUGUGGUGGUGACGGAGAUCGGGGCAGAGCGUGAUGACCUCGCUCUGUCCACCAUGACCUCCAACAUCUUCAGACUGCUGAAACUACCUGUACAUGGUGUCCGUGCGUUGGGGACGGCGGCAGUCGACAUGUGUCAGGUGGCGACAGGUGGAGCUGACGCUUACUAUCACAUCGGGAUGCACUGCUGGGACAUCGCCGCAUCCGCCAUCAUCGUCCAGGAGGCAGGAGGUGUCGUCAUGGAUACGGACGGCUCAGAGUUCGACAUGAUGUCCAGGAGAGUCAUCGCUGCCAGCUCCUCAGCUGUGGCCAGUCGCAUCGCACGGGUGAUCCAGGUGUUUCCCUGUCGCCGUGACGAUGAGGACCCCUGCACGUGUGUCUGUGGAGCGGCAGGUGUGAAUGGCGUGUAGGUCAGCCGACAACAAGUGUGACGGAGGUGUUUCUGUGGAAGGUUCUCCUGUUUCUGAUGAAGUGUGACGAGAUUUAAAAACACUAAUAAAACCUGAAAACUGUCGGACCUCA